AUGAAGCACCACCUUCAAUGGCUGGCCCUGUCGUCCGUCGCCACGGCGUUGGCGAGCAACAAUAACAAUGACAAUACAUCAUGCUCAACACGACCUUAUUCGACGUGGAUGGCCGAUAGCAUCAUCUCGCGCGGCCAGGGCAUUGCUCCCGCAGAGUUGACUUCGUCCAUCUACUUGCAGAUCGGAGUCGUGCAGGCUGCGCUGCUGCAACUGCUAGAGUCACCUUUGUCCUCGACUCUUCGUUGUGCCCAGCAUGAUUAUCGGUCCCAUGUCAGGCAAGGUACCAAGAGUAUUGUCGGGCAGCUGCUGAACGCGUCAGAAGAUACGCAAUACCCAUUGGACCGGCUGUCUCUUGGUCGUGGUCUGUUGGAUGAGUACCUGGACACCAGCACCAGCAGCAGCGACAAACAAACAGCCAAGUCGGCCCUUGAUACAUUACACAAGUCGAUUGGUCUACAGCCAAAGAACCAAUGGGGUGGCUUGUGGUACUUUACCUAUCCCUACUGGAGCUACCUGGACGGAAUGUACUCAUACACCGCAUUCGAAUCCCUCUACACCAACGCCUUCAACCCCUCAGGAGUGCUCAACAAGACAAAUGACAUAAUCUACCAACUCGACCUGCUCUGGAUUCACUGCAUCGACAACAACACCGACCUGCUCUUCCACGGCUACGACGCCUCUGUAACCGCCAGCUGGGCCCAGCCCAUCACCGGCGCCAGCCCCAUGGUCUGGGGCCGCUCAAUGGGCUGGUAUUUUAUGGCAUUGAUUGACUGGCUCGAGGAAAACUCGUCCAUAACCCGAACCACGCUCUGGAACCAUAUACUUGUUCGAUAUCUCGACUUCGCCGCGGCUCUUCUCAAGACGGCCGACCCGGACUCGGGCGCAUGGUGGCAGGUGCUUAAUUACCCCGGACGGGAAGGAAACUAUAUCGAGUCGAGUGGAAGUGCCAUGUUUACGUAUGGGCUGUACAAGGGCGAGCGUCUCGGUUUGUUCGAUAAUGACGUGGACAAGUACAAGAAAGCGGCAGACAAGGCCUACAACUACCUCAUAGACAAUUUUGUUGUGGAGAAUCAAAACGGUACGCUGAGCUGGAACGGAACUGUGUCGGUAUGCAGUUUGAACUCGUCGGCGACGUAUGAUUACUAUGUCAACCAGCCGAUACUAUACGACAGUGUACACGGAUCGGCUCCAUUUGUUCUUGCUAGUCUGGAGCAUGAGAUUUCGGCUUAA